CUCUAUUUGGCUGCGAUGGGGGGGAGCUCCAGUGUGGUGGCCCGGCUGCUGCGAGCCGGCGCCCCUGUGGAUGCUCGUGUGCAGAGGCAAGGCCAUGCUCUCAGUGCGGCAGCCCAGAUGGGGCACACCCGUGAUGUUGAGCAGCUGCUGGCGGCCGGCGCAGACGUGGCUGCGGCGAACGAGGCCGGCCAGGCAGCCCUCCACUCGGCGGCCGUGUUUGGCCACUGCAGCGUGCUGCGGCUGCUGCUGGGGGCGGGCGCCGGCGUCAACCAGCAGGACGCGUACCAGCAGAGCCCCCUCUCUGCCCCGCUGCACCUGGCGGCGCAGUACGGCCACACAGGCAUGUGCAGGCUGCUGCUGGCAGCCGGCGCCGACGUCAACGCGAUCAGCUUCCAAGGCGCGUGGCCCCUGCACUGCGCCGCCAGCCACCUGGACACAGCCCUGCUGCUCAUCCGGCUGGGGGCCGGCACCGACUCCAAGCUCUUUGCAGACACUCUCGGGCGCGGGCCUCUGGAGGCCGCCGCCGCCGGC